CAGCGGCAUGAUCUCUGCCCAUUGCAACCUCCGCCUCCUGGGUUUAAGCAAUUCUCCUGCCUCAGCCUCUCAAGUAGCUGGGAUUACUGGCAUGCACCACCAUACCCUGGUAAUUUUUGUAUUUUUAAUAGAGACAGAGUUUUGCCAUGUUGGCCAGGCUGGUCUCAAACUCCUGACCUCAGGUGAUCCGCCUGCCUCGGCCUCCUGAAGUCUGGGAUUACAGGUGUAAGCCACUGCUGGUAGCCUUAACUACAAUUUUUAUUUGUCAAUUAUACCUUAAUAAAGCUGGGGAGGGAGAUGGUAAGAAAAGAUUACUCUGACAUGAAGUCAGGUGAAAAUGAUGUGAGCCUGGAGGCAGAGGGGAUAUUGAGAUAGUUCAGGGGAGAGGUAAGGGCAGGGAUUAAAGCUCUAGUGGGGGUUGACAAGGAAAGCAACAAAUCUAAAUUAUGUAGAAGAUAGAAUUGGCCAGAUUUAGUGGUCAAUUGCAUGUGGUUAAGUGGGGACAACUCCUCAGUUUCUGGUAGAAAUCAAAGACACCUUGUGCUCAGAGAGACAUUGGGAGCACUGUUGUGGGAGCUGCCCUGUUGGCAGGUAUAGGCUGGGAGCAGCUUCUGUGUCAGAGUACUUUGCCCUCUCUCAUUUCCUGAGAAAAGAAGAUGGUAUGUGUAUAAACUUUGCUGAAGAGGAGACCUGGUGAGAUUUUUCCCUUCUUCAUUUGUAUACUCUCACCUCUCUUGCUUCCCCACUAAAUAUCAGUGUAUUUGGCAAUUUUGAAGUGAACCUGUCACAUGGAAAUCAUCCAUAGUUACACCAUUCCAAUGAUUCUAAAGAGGUGGAAGUUGUAGGCUUCUCGGUGAGGGUGUGGGGUUGCAGGCUCUCCAGUUGGGGAGGCACUUACCUCUGUAUUCUGAGCAUAUAUGCUUUGCAUAUGUCCUUCACAGCAGGCACUCAGCCUGCCACGUGCACGACUAUUAUUUGGCUCUAACCUUGACCACUGCCCCUGGCCUGAUGGUGGAAUUCAUCGUCCUUCAAAGCCCAUAUUCUGAAUUACUGAGCUCAGUGUACACUUUUUUCUUUAUGUUACAGUUAAUAUUACUUACAUUAUUUUUCUAUUACACAUAAACUUACAAACUCUCUGCAUGUAAAUUGGCUCCUUCCAUCCCUUUUGGGUAAAGACUGAUCGUGAGCAGCUUGAAGAAAAAAGGAGAGCCUUCUAUCCUUAGCAGAGAGCCCAGUUUUAUUUGUUUGGAUUGGGCCUCUGGCCUAAAUUUGAAAAGAUGCACUUAAACUGGAGGUGAGCUGAGGAAAGGCUGAGAAUACACUUUGUUCUGAACUGGGGUCCCUCCUAAUUUACUAGUUCCUGGCUCCUUUCAUACUGGAAGGAUGUGUUAAAUUGAGGCAGAGUUCUGUUGACUUUCUUUUUUAGAGGAUUCACUCGUUUGUAAUCUAAUUUAUUUGGUUGUCUUAGAAGAAAAUAAGGGAAGAGCCACGCAGCAGUUGCUAACCCUGUAUCUGUGCUGUCAUUCAUUGUCUUUCCUGACUCCCUUUGUCCUCCAGGGUACUUCCUAACCUCAUUGACAGUCCCCUCUGUGUCUGCUGCCAGUGCCCCUCCUCCCUUAGUAAUUAAAGAGGGAAUGAGAAUGUCAAUUCAGCUUCUCACUGAAGGCUGGCGCUAACCACAGAUCUUAUUUUAGGGCAAGGCCUUUCCCCUCUAGCUUCUUUAAAUCCCCUAUUAAUUCAGAUGCUUUAUUUACUGAACAAACAAGCUGUGAUUUCACAGAGAACAGUGAACAGGGGCUAUACUUCUGGGGGAGAGAAAAAUAAAGCUCUUUAUGCUGUUCUGCUCAUGCUGAAGCACGGGAGAGGUUUUUCCCCCUUCUUUGUGGUGUCACCCCCCAAAAAAGGCAAACCCGAGGGAGAAAGAGUAAAGAGUGCAGCAGUGUCCUGGUGGUUUUGAUAAAAGUUCUUUUUAUGGGCAAGAUCUUUCAGGAGGCUCUUCCAGAGGAGGAGUCACCUUGACCUGGAGCAAGCGCACCCGAAGACAUGCCACUCGGUCUGAAUGCCCAAGGGCUUGGGCCUCCCUGCCACCUGGGCUGGUCAUUGACACUCUUCUGGGCACAGUCCUCUGACUUCCCAGUCAUGGUGGCACAUGCCUUUGGCCACAAGGGGGACCAAGGCAGAGUAUGAUUCCACUCCAGAAGGUAUUAACAAUGUGAUACCACUCCCAAAUCCAGCUUCACAUUACCUCUCAUACCUGGGCUGUGCAUAUGCAUACCAAAGGUGCUAACUUCACAAGUUUGUGAAGCAAAAAUAUAUCGGGCUAUCAGAUUUAGUCUCAAAAGCACUUUUCACAGUCACAGUGUUUCAGAGCCAGAAGAGAUCCUUAGCAUUUCCAUUCUCCUUAUUUAACAGAAAAAGACCCAGAAAUAUUAAAUGAUUUGCCUCAGGCCCUGUAACUUCUCAGCACUUAUAAGUCACAAAGUGAAUCCAGGUCUCCCAGUACUACUACUAGAUUUGCUUCCCCAGCUGCUGGGCAGGGAUGACUUGAGUCAGAGUUUGGGCCAGUGUCAUCCAGGCCACCUGCAUCAGAUCACCUGGGGUCCAUUGAUAAUGCAGGUUCCUGGGCCCUACUCCAGAGUGACUGAGUCAGUAUCCUGGUGGGGGUGACUCAGCAACCUGCAUUUGAAACAGACUUCCCAGGUCCCUGUCACCACACUGGUGUUUGAAAAUUGUUGUCAGUAGUCCUCAAACUGAACUUGGGCUCUGCCCUUGUUCAGCUGCAGGCUUCUUCCUGAAUGUGCUUCUUUGGCCCUAAUUCUUUAUAUUUGUGCUUCUCAUACAAAAAGGCACAGCUUGACUGAUGAGAGGGCAUUGCAGGAGGAUCUGGGUGUUUUGGAAAUGAACUAUGAUGGGGAUAGUGCAGUUAGUGUUUACCCACCUGUAUCUCUGCUGUCUUCUCUGUCCUCCCAAGCUGCCUCUUCAUUAAACAACAAACAUUUUUAAUUGUCAUUGUUUUUCUGCACAUCUUUCCUCUAAGGGGCAUUGGGCUCCCGUAGGUAGUUUUAGAUUCAUAAACUCAAGUUGGGCUUAUUUAGCGGGUGGGUGACGAUGCCUGGAGCAUCAGUUAAGGUGACUGGUUACUCCAGAGAAGGCAGGAGGACUGGACAGCCAGACAGUCUAUCGUGUGUGUGUGCUAACUGCUUACAUGUGUACAAAGGUGUCCAGGCUUUAUUUCACAUCAUAAACACAUGUGCUCCCUGACCUACAUGAGGGCAUCUAGCUUAGACAGGCCUGCCGCCACUCUCUGGGAUGAAGCUUCACAUAGAAGUUAUAAGGCUGCCCCAUAGGUCAAGACCAAGAGUAGUCGUGAGUGGCCCCACACCCCAGAAAUGGAUUAGAGUCCACACCUGGCUUUGAGUGGUUGGUGCGUGAACUGCAGAGGCACUGAGGUUAAUAUCAUCAGCAUUUUCAUGAAUACAAAUUGUAGUUUACGUGCCUUCUUGUUGUUAUGAAUUCUCAAAGAACAAUGUGAGGAAUCGCCUAGACGUUAAAUGUUUUCACACAUGAAAGGUGCUGUGUCAGUGCUGCUAACAGUGAAUUGCAUCAACAGCUGAGCUGAAAAUAAAGAUGAGUUCAGUUGAAUUAGGGCUCUGGAGUCAGAUCUGCUUUGAAUACUGGGCCUACUGUGUGCCUAGCAUUAUAACUGGGAAAAGAGGACAGUAGUAGGGACUAUCCUUAGAACUGUUAUGUUAGAUAAUGCAUAAAAGCAUCUACUAUAGUGCCUGGCAAAGAGUAAGGAGAGAAGUGAGCAUUAGGUAUUGUUGCCUUAGAGAAUGCCGUUGGUAGCAAUCUACUUAUCUGAAGAGGUGAAGGGGUAGGGAACAAAUAACUUCAUAACUAAGCGAAGCAGACCAUUUUUUUCCCCCUAAGAAAAAGAGGUCUUGCUAUGUUGCCCAGACUGACCUCAAACUCCUGGGCUUAUAUGAUCCUCAGCCUCCUGAGUAGCUGGGACUACAGGCCUAUGCCACUGCACCCUGCUUCAUCUGGAUUUUAAUUCCUCAAAGGCCUAUCUUUGAGAAGGCUUUUUGUUGUAUUGUAGAUUGUUCUUUGGCUGUCCUCUUGGCUGGUGGUAAUGAGGAACCCUGGAUAGAAUAAAGGGCAGGCGAAGGGGUGGUGGGGCCUUUGGAGGAAAGGAAGACUCACUGGAGCAGUCCUACACCCAGGGCCUCCCUCCAUCAGGAACAAGACCCUGUGUUUUAGUGUUGGGUGUGCAGUCCCUUCUGAUUCAUCAGCAUCUAUCUCACUGUCCCAAAGCAUAAGCUCCUGUUACUCUGAGGUCUCAUCAGCAUCAUUUUGGCUGCCAUGUAAAAAUUAAAUUCCUUAAACUUCCAAUUCUAAAUAUGGAAGUUAGCCCUCUGACAUCACUUAGGUUGAAGCAAGAAUACCAUUAAGAGCUAACUCUUGGAUGCCCCUUUGGAGUUUACUUACUUUGAUUUUUAUUCUGGUCCAUUGGACUGUUAAAUGCUUUUUGUGGGCUGGUGACCCUUUGUAUUUAAAAGGUACAUGUAGUGGUGUUUCCCAGAUUAACCUAGCAUCUAGCACCUGACCUGAUGUAGUAAACAUCUGUCUCCAUAGUGCUGUUUUUACACGUCCUGUCCUGUCCUCUCUUAGUUGUCUUGCCUUCAAGGCCUUUUCAAGCUAGGAUCAAGGUUGAUAGUUUACCAAAAGUAAGGUAAGAUGAAGAUCUCAAAGGUAACUCUAUUGUCAUGCUGGCAUUUCUGGGGCAGAUGUCCCUGAGCAGCCGUGCCCACCUAAAAACCACUCUGGAUACAUACAGAUGACCUGCCUUGGGGUUGUUAAGAAUUGUGUGCCCCCAGAGGAUUACCUGAGACUGGGAUUUGAUUUGCCCCAGGAUAAGUAAGUUAGACUCCUGGGAUCCAUCCUCCAGCUUGGUUUUCUAGCUCUGAAAUAACCAGUAGGCCAAAGGUUGAACAUUUAUGUUCCCCUUGGUACUAUGAGGCAGGCUGACAGAUGCUGCAGAGACUGGUAUUCCCAUCCACCUGGCACCCAAGCAUGUUCUUCAGGAUGAAAGAAAAGUUGGAGUGGAGGGCAGGGGAUUGUGCUGUGAAAGGAGGUAUGAUGCCUUAGGAAUGACAGCGUCAGAUCACAUGAAUCGUGUGUUUUUCACUGUAAUCUUUUAGAUGUUGGAGAACAAGCUUUGAAACAUUAAGUACUAACGUGGCCGUCUAUUUUAAAAGACAUAGUAGAGUGAGAGGAUGUUUAAGGAAGGUUAGUGGGUUGUGUUCCUCACUUCUGAUGAAAGCUGGGGCAGUGCUUGCUCUGCAGAGCCUUUUAAAACAUCUUUCCAUCCAAAUAGGGCACAGAUCUAAGUGGCCCUCUCCCUGCAUGGCAAUCCUGGCUAGCCUACCACAGCACUUAAAGGCUGACAAUGAAAUUAGAGGAAAGGGAAGGAAUCUAUUGUACAGUUGUUGGAGGGAAAAUGUAGUCGCUUCUUUUCUUCCAGCUAUACCAGGAGCUUUUUUUUUCUCUUUUCUUUUUUAUGUUCUAUUCUCAAAGAGUACUAGUUAAUAAUUCACAUGCAGUUACCAAUUAAGUAGAAAUUUCAUUUGAAGCGACAGUAGGUUCAAUUAAAUGCGUUUGGAAAUCGGGUGCCUAAAUUGCUCUGGAAGGAGUCUGAAUAUUUAUGUAUAUAUGCAUUGUGAAUGUGGGUAGUAGGUGCAUGUAUGUUUUAUACAUACACAUUUGAAUAAAAGUCAGGGUUGAAAACCUGCCUAAAGGGCUAAUUUCCAGUCACAUGUCUAAUUAAUCACACAUGUAAAAUGUAACCCUUGCUUUGUGGGCUAUAAGCAGAGAGAUUUUAAUUUUCAUCCCAGAGUUCCUGGAAAGAGUAAUGCUAGUAAUUUUGGGGGGCUUACAAUAUAAAAGCUGGCGAAAGAGGAAGAGGGGUCACUGUCUCAGUUUAGAAGUGCUGCAGAGAGCCAGCAGUUGAUGGUUAUUGAGUCAGCACCUGCUGCUCAGCGCUUGUGGGAGGUAAAAGGGUGUGAUGCUGACUGCUACAAUUCCAGUAAGUUCUUCUGGCAUAAGAGCAAGAACAAAUGGAUAUGGGGUUGGGCAUGAGUAUUUAUAAAAAGAAUAGCUGGCCAGGUGGGGUGGCUCAUGCCUAUAACCCCAGCACUUUGGGAGGCCGAGGCAGGCAGAUUGCUUGAGCUCAGGAGUUCAAGACCAGCCUGGGCAACAUGGCGAAACUCUGUCUCUACAUAAAAUACAAAAAUUAGCUAGGCGCGGUGGUGCACACUUGUAGUCCCAACUACUUGGGGAGGCUGAGGUGGGAGGAUCGCUUGAGACUGGGAGGCAGUGGUUGCAGUGAGCUGAGAUCACACCACUGCACUCCAGCCUGGGUGACAGAGUGAGACCUUGUCUCAAAACAAAACAAAACAAAACCACACACCCCAAAAACCCCCCAAAACCCCCAAAAAGAAUAGCAAAACACACAGUCAAAUGAGUUCUUCACAGAUAAUUUGAUGUAUUUUAAAGGAUCAGAAUAUAAAAGAGCUGGAAGAAAUUCAUAGGGAUUAACAAAACAUUUGCAGAAUUGUUUUAAUGGAGACAAACACAGUUGACAAUUUUGCUUUCUUCCUAGAGAAUUUUCUCCUAAAAGAAAUCGUUGAUAAAAUAAGGAAAGAAAAAAAAAAUCAUUGAUCAAACUAGGGAACAAAAUUCCCCCACAGAAUGGUAGUGAUUAAGUAGGUGUUUCAUAGAAACAACUAGGUUCACUAUAAGUUUGUCCUUUGAGUCGUCUCGGGGAACCAUGUUUAGGAGAGAGAGCUUAUUAGCACAUCCAUUGCUAUACAAAGAGAUGUGCUUUCUACUAAAGUUUGCUUCAGAAGAAAGGGUAAUGCUUGAGCAUGUCACUUAAUGUAGAGGUUAAAAAUGUGCACUUUAGAGCAGUGGUCCCCAGUCUUUUUGGUACCAGGAACCGGUUUUGUGGAAGACAGUUUUUCCAUAGACUGGGAGGAGGGGUUUGGGGGGAUGGUUUCAGGAUGAAACUGUUCCACCUCAGAUCAUUAGGCAUUAGUUAGAUUCUCAAAAGGAGCACACAACCUAUGAGAAUUUAUUGCCACCACUGAUCUGACAGGAGGCGGAGUUCAGACGGUAAUGCUUGCUCACCUGUUGCUCACCUCCUGCUGUGGGGCUCACUUCCUAACAGGCCACGGACGGGUCUGUGGCCUGGGUGUUGCGGACCUCUGCUCUAGAGUCACACCACCCAGAUUAAAAUCUUGGCCCUGACAAUAUCUUUGUGAUAUUAGGGUAAUAUUAACCUCUCUAAGCCUCAGUUUCUUUAUCGGUAAAUGAGGAUAACAUUAUUCACCUCAUAGGUGGCUGUAAGAUUAACUGCAUUACGUAGAACAGUACCCAGCACAGUAAUCUGUUUAACAAAUGUUGCCAUUAGUAGUUAUUGCUAUUAUUAUUAUUAUUGUAUCAUUGUGGCUGUGUACACUUCCAAAAGUAGAUGAAAAGUUUACAGAAAAGCCUUUCUGAGUAAGCAAACUGGAGUCCUAACAAAUUUGCUAAUUUUGAGAUUUAAAAAUGGGAUCAAAAAACUGUCAUGAAACUAAAGCUAUUUUAAUAAGACUUAAAGAAUUGUUCCUUAACAUUACUCAGCCAUUCCCCAUGAGGACAGGAUUUUUCUUCAUUAACUCUGCUGUCAGGAUGGCAUUUAAAAGUAGCACAUUUUCUGGUAUCAGGAUUCCAAUUGGAUGCUUGGAAUUGGAUUGCUUCCUCGUUAGCCCAUAACCAGCUCUUCCCCUGUGAUUUUUUUCUGCCCUCCAACCUAAAUUUUAUGCUCUUUUAAAAAAUUACUUUGUAUGUUUCAGUCUCUCCCGGAAGUUGCCCCACCCCACUAUCUUGUAAGAGUUUGUGAGCUCAGAGGGUAGGGACUACAGCUUAUACAUCUUUGGUAUCAUCAAAUACCUAAGUUGGUGCCAUGUACAUAGAAGACAUUUAUACAAAAUUUAAAAAUUAAGAGUAUCACCAUUGUAUGUCAGUAUUAUUUAGCUAAUUAAAAAAAUUUAUUUCUAGGGGUUUUCAACUUUUGUCAUUUGUAAGACUGAAAAGUGUGCAAAGAAUGUUCUUAAAUUUUUUUUCAGUGAAUUAGUGGAAAUCCUAAUUUCAACUAGUUGUUUGAUUUUGUAGCUUUCUUAUUUCUAGCAGCUUUUUUUGUUGUUAUUUUAGAUUCAGCGGGUAUGUGCAGAGGUUUGCUACAUGGAUAUAUUUCUUAAUGGUGAGGUUUGGGUUUCUAGUGAACCCAUCACCCGAAUAGUGAACAUUGUACCCAAUACGUAGUUUUUAAACCUUCACCCCCUUCUUUUCCCUCAUCCUUAUGGGGUCCACACUGUCUGUCAUUGCCAUCUUUGUCUAUGCACACCGAUUGUUUAGCUCCCACUUAUAAAUGAGAACAUGCAGUAUUUGAUUUUCUGUUUCUGAGUUACUUCACUUAGGAUAAAGGUCUUUGACUCCAUCCAUGCUGCUGCAAAGGACAUGAUUUCAUUCAUUUUUAUGGCUCCAUAGUAUUCCACGGUAUACACGUAUUCCACAGUAUACAUGUAUAUAUGUAUACAUACAUAUAUGUAUAUGUAUGUAUACAUAGAUGUGUGUGUACAUGUGUAUAUAUGUAUGUAUACGUAUAUACACGCAUAUAUACACAUGUAUAUGUGUAUAUAUAUACAUACAUAUAUACACAUAUAUAUGUAUACAUAGAUGUGUGUGUGUUUAUCUAUCUAUCUAUACGCACCACAUUUUCAUUAUCCAGUCAACUGUUGAUGGAUACUUUGGUUGAAUCCAUGGCUUUGCUAUUGUGAAUAGUGCUGUGAUAAACGUAACAGAGCAGGAAUCUUUUUGAUAAAACAAUUCCUUUUCUUUUGAGUAAAUACUCAGUAGUGGGAUUUCUAGCAGCAAUUUUAUUUUUAAGGAUGAAGUUUACCUUAAAAAAUGACUUGAUGUUAAGUUCAACUGAUGUUUUUGUUUGAAGACGAUGUGGCAGUUUUUCAGGUGCACAGGUGUGGCACACAAUGUUAGCUCAUGAUAAAGUCGUUGCAUAAGUAGUUGGACUCUCCUUAUGUCCAAAUCUUAUAUCCAUGAAAAUUGUCGAGCAUGUUCUCUGUUGGGUAAACCUUUAGCUUGGUUUGAACAGUAAUAUGGAAUAGCCCACUCUCCAUCUCUGGUCAUGAUAGCUUUUAGAUUUGGCUUUUUAGCACACUUCCCAGUAGGUUCACAAGUCUCUGCCUUGGAGCAUGUUGAUGUCAAGUCUAUCAAAAGGAAUGGCCUAUUUUCCAAGACUGCUGUGCCACAUUGGUGUCAACUGGGCACAUCAGUAAGGAUGCCUGCAGUGAUUUGACACACCCACUCAAAUGGAUAUGAAGUAACCUUAGGAAUGUCCUGGCAGUCAUAUCUCCUGAAAUGCUGUCUGCAUCUGAUUCAGUCAUAUCUCCUGAAGUGCUAUCUGGAAGUGCUAUAAUGGUUUCAGACCAAGUUUGGAUGAACUGAGCCUUAUUAGGCAGGCUAAUUUCCACAGUUGCCAUUUUGAAGGGCUGAAUUCUGCAGAAGUUGAACUAGAGGGGGUGACUGGGACCCUGACCUAUGUUGAGAAGAGGUUGCUGUCUCUUUAUACCUCUUAUUCUGUUUCCUUGGACAAGAAAAGUACCAAUCUUUCCAGAGACUCUCUUAGAUCAUUGGUGAGUAGAGUGCUAUCUUUUUCAGUACUUCUGGAAUAAGAGGGAAGUAUAAUUUCUGUAUGGUACCAAAUUUACUUAGGGAAAAAUGAUUCCCAUUCUAGUUUCAGUGAUUUCAGGAGCUGAGAGCUAGGGUGACUUUGUGGACUCUUAGGCAAUGGGAGGGGUGGGGAAGACCUUGCUUAUACUAAGACUGGCUGCUAAAGCCAAUAGGACAGAGCCUAUGAGGACCUUCCCAUGACAGCCCUAAUAGUAUGUUGGGACCAGGGAUGUAGUUAACUGAAGAGGAACAUUAUGUGAAAUUUAGCUGAAAAGCCCUACAUUUACAAGUAUGUCUCUACCUCUCCUCAUCAGAAUAGAACCUCAAAAGGGCUUUUUUCCAAGCUUUUCAAUGUUUAUUCUAUCCUUAGGAAAAAGUUUUAAAAGGAUCUGAGGGUCUCUUAGUAACAAUGUCUUCAGUGUCAGUAACUGUCUUGCUUAAACAGUUCCUUUUUUUUUUUUUGCAAUUUAAGCUUUAGUGAAAAUUAAAACAGUGGGUUACUUUGAUCUUUAGAAAAUUUCUUCAUAUUUGUGAAGACCAUUAAUUGGCACUUAGUAUUCUUGUCUUCAGGCUAUCUAACCUGAUGUUGCUUUAUCAUUCUAUCUUCUGAAACAUCUUGUGAGCUCUUAGAAGAGAGACCAGGGUGAGGUGCAAUCUCUACUGUCCCCUAAUCAGAGUUUCUUCAAAUCCAGGAAGAGGGGAAGAUUUGUCUCCUUGGAGUACUCACUUAAACUGAGCCCUCAUCCACAAUUUAGUGCUUUUGCCUACUCUUGCCAUUCCUGUCUGUUGUUGACUUUUAUCAUUUUUAGGUGAGCUUUUCCCUUCCCAGGUGUUUCUCUUUCUCUUACUUUACUUUCCUUAGUAAACCUACCAGUGCUCUGUCUUCCCUGUUAAACUUCAGCCCAGUGCCUUAUUGUUUAUUUGACCUACCUUGAUCUGAAAUAUCCAUGUGGCUUUGAAAGUCAUUUGGAGUUCUAUGCCUGCCCUUGUCCAAUGUACGCUGGUUACCUUUUAGAGUUUGUCUGUCCCCAGAGUUGAUAAAUAACAUCUCCAGUGACUAUGUAACUUUAGCUCAGCAUUUCUGAUUAAACCAUUUACUGUUUACCCCAACAGUCAUUAAAAUGUACAGUGCCUGGUAGUGUAUUGCACAGUGCUGACCAUGUGGAAAGCAUAAGGAGUGCGAGAAGGUGAUGCCAUCUCCAAUUAUAUUUUUUGAGUAUCCUACUAAGCCUACUGAGUAGUAGUAACCAUAGGUCUUUUAGGCUUUUUUCACAUGAAUUGGGGACACCUAGACUUGGCCUCCUCUAUUGGAAAGCUGCAAGUGUAUCAUAGGCCAUGCUAUGGAAACUUUGAACAGCUGGAAUCCUUUCAGUUGCAUUAAUCACCAUAAGUAAUGAUUAAUCUGUGUGAGACGAUGGAAAAGCUCUGACUUAGGGAAACUCCACUCCUGUUCCCUCACUUACUGGGCAUGUGACCUUGGACAAGUCAUUAGCUUUUUAUAUCUCAGUUUUGUCAUUCAUCAAAUAAGAACCACCAUACUUGCCUUGUUUGCCACAGAGAAUUGUUAAUUUGAGGGUCAAAUAAUGACUGCAGAAGCAUUUGAAGAACUUUGGAAACUCUUGUCAGGAGGCCAAAUGAUGAUGGUGUCAACUACUGAUGAAGAUGAAUAGUUCUUCAAGAGUUUGAGUCAUGAAGUGUGAAGCCUAGAGAUGGUGUGAUACACAGAGAUGAAACUGGUUUUCACAGGUGAUAGAUGGAAGGCUGUUUUCAAAAGAUCAAGCUUGACCACAUAUUAUCCCCUCCACCCAUGCCGUUUCGGAAAUGCAGCAACCCAGAUGUGGCUUCUGGCCCUGGAAAAUCACUGAAGUAUAAAAGACAGCUGAGUGAGGAUGGAAGACAGCUAAGGCGAGGGAGCCUGGGAGGAGCCCUGACUGGGAGGUACCUCCUUCCAAACCCGGUGGCGGGACAGGCCUGGCCGGCCUCUGCAGAGACGUCCAACCUCGUGCGCAUGCGCAGCCAGGCCCUGGGCCAGUCGGCGCCCUCGCUCACCGCCAGCCUGGAAGGGCAGCCUCCGAAGAGCCAUUUCAACUCAGCCCGACAUCGCCAGAGACUAGUGGACCCAGCUGCUUCAAAAAAGGAGCUGAGUCUUCCCAGAAGAGGAAGUUUGAUAGAUUCCCAGAAGUGGAAUUGCUUGGUCAAACGUCUCACUCCCAGGAGCCUGAGUCCAACCCCAUCCAGCCCAGGCAGUCCUUGUAGUCCUCUCUUGGCCUUUCACUUUUGGAGUUGCCGAACAAGCAACCGGAAAAGCUUAAUAGGCAAUGGGCAGUCACCAGCAUUGCCUCGACCACACUCACCUCUCUCUGCUCAUGCAGGAAAUAGCCCUCAAGAUAGUCCAAGAAAUUUCUCCCCCAGUGCCUCAGCCCAUUUUUCAUUUGCACGGAGGACUGAUGGACGCCGCUGGUCGUUGGCUUCUCUCCCUUCCUCUGGCUAUGGGACAAACACACCCAGCUCUACGGUCUCUUCAUCCUGUUCCUCCCAGGAGAAGUUGCAUCAGUUACCAUACCAACCAACACCAGACGAGUUACAUUUCUUAUCAAAACAUUUCUGUACCACCGAAAGCAUCGCCACUGAGAACAGAUGCAGGAACACGCCGAUGCGCCCCCGUUCCCGAAGUCUGAGCCCUGGACGUUCUCCCGCCUGCUGUGACCAUGAAAUAAUUAUGAUGAACCAUGUCUACAAAGAAAGGUUCCCAAAGGCUACAGCUCAGAUGGAAGAACGUCUAAAGGAAAUUAUCACCAGCUACUCUCCUGACAACGUUCUACCCUUAGCAGAUGGAGUGCUUAGUUUCACUCACCACCAGAUUAUUGAACUGGCUCGAGAUUGCUUGGAUAAAUCCCACCAGGGCCUCAUCACCUCACGAUACUUCCUUGAAUUACAGCACAAAUUAGAUAAGUUGCUACAGGAGGCUCAUAAUCGUUCAGAAAGUGGAGAAUUGGCAUUUAUUAAACAACUAGUUCGAAAGAUCCUAAUUGUUAUUGCCCGCCCUGCUCGGUUAUUAGAGUGCCUGGAAUUUGAUCCGGAAGAAUUUUACUACCUAUUGGAAGCAGCAGAAGGCCAUGUCAAAGAAGGACAGGGUAUUAAAACCGACAUUCCCAGGUACAUCAUUAGCCAACUGGGACUCAAUAAGGAUCCCUUGGAAGAAAUGGCUCAAUUGGGAAACUACGAUAGUGGGACAGCAGAAACACCAGAAACAGAUGAAUCAGUGAGUAGCUCUAAUGCCUCCCUGAAACUUCGAAGGAAACCUCGGGAAAGUGAUUUUGAAACGAUUAAAUUGAUUAGCAAUGGAGCCUAUGGGGCAGUCUACUUUGUUCGGCAUAAAGAAUCCCGGCAGAGGUUUGCCAUGAAGAAGAUUAAUAAACAGAACCUCAUCCUUCGAAACCAGAUCCAGCAGGCCUUUGUGGAGCGGGAUAUCCUGACUUUUGCAGAGAACCCCUUUGUUGUCAGCAUGUAUUGCUCCUUUGAAACAAGGCGCCACUUGUGCAUGGUCAUGGAAUAUGUGGAAGGGGGAGACUGUGCUACUUUAAUGAAAAACAUGGGUCCUCUCCCUGUUGAUAUGGCCAGAAUGUACUUUGCUGAGACGGUCUUGGCCUUGGAAUAUUUACAUAAUUAUGGAAUUGUACACAGGGAUUUGAAACCAGACAACUUGUUGGUUACCUCCAUGGGGCACAUAAAGCUGACAGAUUUUGGAUUAUCUAAGGUGGGACUAAUGAGCAUGACUACCAACCUUUACGAGGGUCAUAUUGAGAAGGAUGCUCGAGAGUUCCUGGAUAAACAGGUCUGUGGCACACCUGAAUACAUUGCACCAGAAGUGAUUCUGAGGCAGGGUUAUGGAAAGCCGGUGGACUGGUGGGCCAUGGGGAUUAUCCUCUAUGAAUUUCUGGUUGGAUGCGUGCCAUUCUUUGGGGAUACUCCAGAAGAGCUAUUUGGACAAGUCAUCAGUGAUGAGAUCAACUGGCCUGAGAAGGAUGAGGCACCCCCACCUGAUGCCCAGGAUCUGAUUACCUUACUUCUCAGGCAGAAUCCCCUGGAGAGGCUGGGAACAGGUGGUGCAUAUGAAGUCAAACAGCAUCGAUUCUUCCGUUCUUUAGACUGGAACAGUUUGCUGAGACAGAAGGCAGAAUUUAUUCCCCAACUGGAAUCUGAGGAUGACACAAGUUAUUUUGAUACUCGGUCUGAGAAGUAUCAUCAUAUGGAAACGGAGGAAGAAGAUGACACAAAUGAUGAAGACUUUAAUGUGGAAAUAAGGCAGUUUUCUUCAUGUUCACACAGGUUUUCAAAAGUUUUCAGCAGUAUAGAUCGAAUCACUCAGAAUUCAGCAGAAGAGAAGGAAGACUCUGGGGACAAAACCAAAAGCACCACCUUGCCAUCCACAGAAACACUGAGCUGGAGUUCGGAAUAUUCUGAAAUGCAACAGCUGUCAACAUCCAACUCUUCAGAUACUGAAAGCAACAGACAUAAACUCAGUUCUGGCCUACUUCCCAAACUGGCUAUUUCAACAGAGGGAGAGCAAGAUGAAGCUGCCUCCUGCCCUGGAGACCCCCAUGAGGAGCCAGGAAAGCCAGUCCUUCCUCCUGAAGAGUGUGCCCAGGAGGAGCCUGAGGUCACCACCCCAGCCAGCACCAUCAGCAGCUCCACCCUGUCAGUUGGCAGUUUUUCAGAGCACUUGGAUCAGAUAAAUGGACGAAGCGAGUGUGUGGACAGUACAGAUAAUUCCUCAAAGCCAUCCAGUGAACCCGCUUCUCACAUGGCUCGGCAGCGAUUAGAAAGCACAGAAAAAAAGAAAAUCUCGGGGAAAGUCACAAAGUCCCUCUCUGCCAGUGCUCUUUCCCUCAUGAUCCCAGGAGAUAUGUUUGCUGUUUCCCCUCUGGGAAGUCCAAUGUCUCCCCAUUCCCUGUCCUCGGACCCUUCUUCUUCACGAGAUUCCUCUCCCAGCCGAGAUUCCUCAGCAGCUUCUGCCAGUCCACAUCAGCCGAUUGUGAUCCACAGUUCGGGGAAGAACUACGGCUUUACCAUCCGAGCCAUCCGGGUGUAUGUGGGAGACAGUGACAUCUAUACAGUGCACCAUAUCGUCUGGAAUGUAGAAGAAGGAAGUCCGGCAUGCCAGGCAGGACUGAAGGCUGGAGAUCUUAUCACUCACAUCAAUGGAGAACCAGUGCAUGGACUUGUCCACACAGAAGUUAUAGAACUCCUACUGAAGAGUGGGAAUAAGGUGUCAAUCACUACUACCCCAUUUGAAAACACAUCAAUCAAAACUGGACCAGCCAGGAGAAACAGCUAUAAGAGCCGGAUGGUGAGGCGGAGCAAGAAAUCCAAGAAGAAAGAAAGUCUCGAAAGGAGGAGAUCUCUUUUCAAAAAGCUAGCCAAGCAGCCUUCUCCUUUACUCCACACCAGCCGAAGUUUCUCCUGCUUGAACAGAUCCCUGUCAUCGGGUGAGAGCCUCCCAGGUUCCCCCACUCAUAGCUUGUCUCCCCGGUCUCCAACACCAAGCUACCGCUCCACCCCUGACUUCCCAUCUGGUACUAAUUCCUCCCAGAGCAGCUCCCCUAGUUCUAGUGCCCCCAAUUCCCCAGCAGGGUCCGGGCACAUCCGCCCCAGCACUCUCCACGGUCUUGCACCCAAACUCGGCGGGCAGCGGUACCGGUCCGGAAGGCGAAAAUCCGCCGGCAACAUCCCACUGUCCCCGCUGGCCCGGACGCCCUCUCCAACCCCGCAACCCACCUCCCCGCAGCGGUCACCAUCCCCUCUUCUGGGACACUCACUGGGCAAUUCCAAGAUCGCGCAAGCCUUUCCCAGCAAGAUGCACUCCCCGCCCACCAUCGUCAGACACAUCGUGAGGCCCAAGAGUGCGGAGCCCCCCAGGUCCCCGCUGCUCAAGCGCGUGCAGUCCGAGGAGAAGCUGUCGCCCUCUUACGGCAGUGACAAGAAGCACCUGUGCUCCCGCAAGCACAGCCUGGAGGUGACCCAAGAGGAGGUGCAGCGGGAGCAGUCCCAGCGGGAGGCGCCGCUGCAGAGCCUGGAUGAGAACGUGUGCGACGUGCCGCCGCUCAGCCGCGCCCGGCCAGUGGAGCAAGGCUGCCUGAAACGCCCAGUCUCCCGGAAGGUGGGCCGCCAGGAGUCUGUGGACGACCUGGACCGCGACAAGCUGAAGGCCAAGGUGGUGGUGAAGAAGCCAGACGGCUUCCCAGAGAAACAGGAAUCCCACCAGAAAUCCCAUGGACCCGGGAGUGAUUUGGAAAACUUUGCUCUGUUUAAGCUGGAAGAGAGAGAGAAGAAAAUCUAUCCGAAGGCUGUGGAAAGGUCAAGUCCUUUUGAAAACAAAGCGUCUGUGCAGGAGGCGCCACCGCUGGGCAGCCUGCUGAAGGACGCUCUUCACAAGCAGGCCAGCGUGCGCGCCAGCGAGGGUGCGAUGUCGGAUGGCCCGGUGCCUGCGGAGCACGGCCAGGGUGGCGGGGACUUCAGACGGGCCCCCGCUCCUGGCACCCUCCAGGAUGGUCUCUGCCACUCCCUCGACAGGGGCAUCUCUGGGAAGGGGGAAGGCACGGAGAAGUCCUCCCAGGCCAAGGAGCUUCUCCGAUGUGAAAAGUUAGACAGCAAGCUGGCCAACAUCGAUUACCUCCGAAAGAAAAUGUCACUUGAGGACAAAGAGGACAACCUCUGCCCUGUGCUGAAGCCCAAGAUGACAGCUGGCUCCCACGAAUGCCUGCCAGGGAACCCAGUCCGACCCACGGGUGGGCAGCAGGAGCCCCCGCCGGCUUCUGAGAGCCGAGCUUUUGUCAGCAGCACCCAUGCAGCUCAGAUGAGUGCCGUCUCUUUUGUUCCCCUCAAGGCCUUAACAGGCCGGGUGGACAGUGGAACGGAGAAGCCUGGCUUGGUUGCUCCUGAGUCCCCUGUUAGGAAGAGCCCCUCCGAGUAUAAGCUAGAAGGUAGGUCUGUCUCAUGCCUGAAGCCGAUCGAGGGCACUCUGGACAUUGCUCUCCUGUCCGGACCUCAGGCCUCCAAGACAGAACUGCCUUCCCCGGAGUCUGCACAGAGCCCCAGCCCAAGUGGUGACGUGAGGGCCUCUGUGCCACCAGCUCUCCCCAGCAGCAGUGGGAAAAAGAACGAUACCACCAGUGCAAGAGAGCUUUCUCCUUCCAGCUUAAAGAUGAAUAAAUCCUACCUGCUGGAGCCUCGGUUCCUGCCCCCCAGCCGAGGUCUCCAGAAUUCACCAGCAGUUUCCCUGCCUGACCCAGAGUUAAAGAGGGACAGGAAAGGUCCCCAUCCUACUGCCAGGAGCCCCGGAACAGUCAUGGAAAGCAAUCCCCAACAGAGAGAGAGCAGCUCCCCUAAACACCAAGACCACACCACUGACCCCAAGCUUCUGACCUGCCUGGGGCAGAACCUCCACAGCCCUGACCUGGCCAGGCCACGCUGCCCGCUCCCACCUGAAGCUUCCCCCUCAAGGGAGAAGCCAGGCCUGAGGGAAUCGUCUGAAAGAGGCCCUCCCACAGCCAGAAGCGAGCGCUCUGCUGCAAGGGCUGACACAUGCAGAGAGCCCUCCAUGGAACUGUGCUUUCCAGAAACUGCGAAAACCAGUGACAACUCCAAAAAUCUCCUCUCUGUGGGAAGGACCCACCCAGAUUUCUAUACACAGACCCAGGCCAUGGAGAAAGCAUGGGCGCCGGGUGGGAAAACGAACCACAAAGAUGGCCCAGAUGAGGCGAGGCCCCCGCCCAGAGACAACUCCUCUCUGCACUCAGCUGGAAUUCCCUGUGAGAAGGAGCUGGGCAAGGUGAGGCGUGGCGUGGAACCCAAGCCCGAAGCGCUUCUUGCCAGGCGGUCUCUGCAGCCACUUGGAAUUGAGAGUGAGAAGAGUGAAAAGCUCUCCAGUUUCCCAGCUUUGCAGAAAGAUGGUGCCAAGGAACCUGAAAGGAAGGAGCAGCCUCUACAAAGGCAUCCCAGCAGCAUCCCUCCGCCCCCUCUGACCGCCAAAGACCUGUCCAGCCCGGCUGCCAGGCAGCAUUGCAGUUCCCCAAGCCACGCUUCUGGCAGAGAGCCGGGGGCCAAGCCCAGCACUGCAGAGCCCAGCCCGAGCCCCCAGGACCCUCCCAAGCCUGUUGCUGCGCACAGUGAAAGCAGCAGCCACAAGCCCCGGCCUGGCCCUGACCCGGGCCCUCCAAAGACUAAGCACCCCGACCGGUCCCUCUCCUCUCAGAAACCAAGUGUCGGGGCCACAAAGGGCAAAGAGCCUGCCACUCAGUCCCUCGGUGGCUCUAGCAGAGAGGGGAAGGGCCACAGUAAGAGUGGACCGGAUGUGUUUCCUGCUACCCCAGGCUCCCAGAACAAAGCCAGCGAUGGGAUUGGCCAGGGAGAAGGUGGGCCCUCUGUCCCACUGCACACUGACAGGGGUCCUCUAGACGCCAAGCCACAACCCACCAGUGGUGGGCGGCCCCUGGAGGUGCUGGAGAAGCCUGUGCAUUUGCCAAGGCCGGGACACCCAGGGCCUAGUGAGCCAGCGGACCAGAAACUGUCCACUGUUGGUGAAAAGCAAACCCUGUCUCCAAAGCACCCCAAACCAUCCACUGUGAAAGAUUGCCCCACCCUGUGCAAACAGACAGACAACAGACAGACAGACAAAAGCCCGAGUCAGCCGGCCGCCAACACCGACAGAAGGGCGGAAGGGAAGAAAUGCACUGAAGCACUUUAUGCUCCAGCAGAGGGCGACAAGCUCGAGGCCGGCCUUUCCUUUGCGCAUAGCGAGAACCGGUUGAAAGGCGCGGAGCGGCCAGCCGCGGGGGUGGGGAAGGGCUUCCCUGAGGCCAGAGGGAAAGGGCCCGGUCCCCAGAAGCCACCGACGGAGGCAGACAAGCCCAAUGGCAUGAAACGGUCCCCCUCAGCCACUGGGCAGAGUUCUUUCCGAUCCACGGCCCUCCCGGAAAAGUCUCUGAGCUGCUCCUCCAGCUUCCCUGAAACCAGGGCCGGAGUUAGAGAGGCCUCUGCAGCCAGCAGCGACACCUCUUCUGCCAAGGCCGCCGGGGGCAUGCUGGAGCUUCCAGCCCCCAGCAACAGGGACCAUAGGAAGGCUCAGCCUGCCGGGGAGGGCCGAACCCACAUGACAAAGAGUGACUCCCUGCCCUCCUUCCGGGUCUCCACCCUGCCUCUGGAGUCACACCACCCCGACCCAAACACCAUGGGCGGGGCCAGCCACCGGGACAGGGCUCUCUCGGUGACUGCCACCGUAGGGGAAACCAAAGGGAAGGACCCUGCCCCAGCCCAGCCUCCCCCAGCUAGGAAACAGAACGUGGGCAGAGACGUGACCAAGCCAUCCCCAGCCCCAAACACUGACCGCCCCAUCUCCCUUUCUAAUGAGAAGGACUUUGUGGUACGGCAGAGGCGGGGGAAAGAGAGUUUGCGUAGCAGCCCUCACAAAAAGGCCUUGUAACGGGGAGGGCCCCGGGGCAGGACUGUAGAGACCCGUCCUGAACGGGCGACUGUGUCUUGACUACCUUUCAAAACCAGCACUGUGUGGGAAUGUCCGCCAGGCAGAGCUCGGAGCCUCAUUGAGACAGGGGAGAGAGAAAGACAAAGAGGGGACCUUCUUCCAGAUGCCUUCCCAGUUGUAACCGGUAAAACUGUUACCAGAUAGUGUUUGUACAAAAAAAAAAUAAUAAUAAAAAUAAAAAAAAAAUUACAGUUGAGGGUUGUUGAGGAAAAUGAUUUUCUUUGUAAAUAUAUAGCAUCGUGUUUGGUUUGGGAUGUAGAGUCUAUACCUGGCUGCUGAUUGCGUCGUUUACUACAGCUUUUUUUAAAUAAGAUUUUUGCUUUACCAUUUAUCAUAAUGUAGUAAUGAAGCAAAAUGGUCAAAACUGGGUGUGUGUGAACAGAGAUACACCCAUAUUCGUGUAUAUACACAUCCACCUACAUGUUUUGGUCUGUGGUUUAAGAGACUAUUUCAAGGUUCCAUUUUUAUAAGCUAAAACAUUCUAAGUUAAGAUGGAAGAAAGCCCUAAACACAGUAGAUUCUGAGUUUUCAUGUGUAUUUUAACCAGAGUUUCUGAUAGUACUGUAUCUGGCUACCUAUAUUUCCAGAUCUAAAGCAAGAACUACUCUAAGUACUGCAUUUGGAAUCCUCCUCCAUUAGGAAUGGCCAGGACAAGUGGAGCUAGCCAUUUUCAUUACACGGCCAUCCCAAUGGACACUGGAUCCCUGGUCCAACUGUCUAAAAGGCCAGUUGUUCCUUUCUGUGGAUGUGGAUGUCUGGCCUUCACCUGAGGUAGAGUGGGGACUAUAAACACACAUCAACUUUCUUUCUGUUUGCUUUCUUUUCCUUCUUUUCAAACUCUUAAACUCAGGCCUUUAUGCUGUGAGUGACUAGUCCAAGAAGCACACAUUUUGUAGUAGUCCUGCACCAGCCCUGCUCUUGAAUAAAAAGGAAAAUUACUGGCUGCACCCAAAUCUUCUAGUACUUGAGUAAUAAGCAUCAGGCAUUGGAAGAGGUUUUAAAUUUGCUUUUUUGAGGAAAAGAACUGGGGGUGGAUUUUGGCAUCGUAGCAUAUCGAUUAAAGAAUAAUCAGGACAUCAGAUACAUUUUAAUACAUAGCUGGGGCCUUAUGUUGUAGAUGAAGCUUGCUGUUUUUAGCAAGUUCCUGGGUUUCACAUUCAUUUCUGCUGCAUCUAGUAGCUCCACACAUUUCAUAACCUGAUCUCUUUAUUUGUAUGCAAAAAAUACUGUCUUAAUACAGAGCAGCAUUUUUGUAACAAAGAGACUCGCUGGAGCUAUUUGGUGCUUGAAUGUGACCAUCCUUUUUACUUUUGCUAAGCCUUAUUUAAAUUUUGUAUACCGUGGAAUAUGUAGAAUUUGUCAAAUCAUUUUAGUGCUGAAGGUUUUUGAUUUUUUGUUUUUGUUUCUGUUGUUGCAGUUUCUUUGGUGGCUUGUUUUGUAUUGUAAGAUGGCACUUGCUGAUAUAAAUACUAAGGCACUAAGAGAAACUACAGAUAAGUAUUUAUAAGUUGCUUGGGAACCAUAGCAGAAUUUUUUGUUUGGUUUUGUAAGAGAAAAAAAAUGACCAAUAAAUAACUAAUCUAGCACCCAAACUCUCUUGGGGGAUGUCUUAGUAUCUUCACGCUAUGAAAUUGUUCAUCUAAGCACAGCAUCAUCUUAUGGCCUUAUGGAUUGUAAAUCUUCUAGUGAGGCUAUAAACUCCACUCUGAAAACAAAGGCAUAACUUAACCGACUGCUCAGUUGUCCUUCGUUGUAAAAUGAAUUGGCUUUGGGAAAAAGGAAAAAAACAAACAAACAAAGAAAAAGAAAAAAGCCUCCUCCUUGCCCCUCAUUUUUUUUCCCCAUAUGGUUUUAGCCAUUCCCCAUCACUAUAUUGUGAAGCUGUAAAAAUAUAUAUAUAUACUUUACAAGAGUUUACUAAUGGAUUUCAAAACUGGUCUCAACGUUUAUAAUACAUAUCUGUGUUUGGCAGUUGUCAUAACCCAAUCCUACAUUCAGCCAUCGGGACAAGUCUGUCGGGGAGGUAGUUCAUGGUUUACAAGCCUUUGCUUUUUAACUGUCCAAUUUCCUUUAAAGCACAACUAGCUAUUUGUUUACAAAUGAUAUUUUUAUGUAUAUUUUGUAUAGUGUAUCAUCAUUUUUGCCAAGUAUGUUUUUCAUUAUAAAUGAGUUAAGAGUACUUAAGGUUGCAUUCAUGUAUUACAUGUUUGUUGUUGUAAACCUCUCCAAUCAGCUGGUAGAAAUUCUCCUCAUUGUGUUCUAUUUGGUCAGUCUCUGUGUGAUUGUAGGAUGUGCUCCUUGGUAGUACUCCCAGCUGUAGAUUUACCAGCUUAAAAGUUUGUUAGGAUCUGUGCAAUAAAGUGUUUGCAGUCUUAUUUUCUCUAAGAAAUUCCUUAUGGACGUCAUAAUUGUUGUAUAUUGAACAAAAUAUUUAUACUUAUGCAGUUGCAUAACAUUGAAAUAAAAAUUUAGCAUGAAAAGAUAA